AAGAUCAUCUGGCUCUCGGGCGAGUCAGGGUGUGGAAAGUCAACGAUAGCGCACAGCCUGGCGGAAGAGCUUGAUCGAGAGGGUCGACUCGCAGCUACGUUCUUUUUUUCCAGAAAACACACCAAACGAAGCACCUUCGAUCACGUCCUCCUCACUCUCGCAUAUCAGUUAGGCUUGCAGCAUCCGCGUGCAAAGGAGAUCAUCAUGAAAGCCAUCUCUGACGAUCCCGCCCUGCUGUCAGCAGAUAAAUCUCGCCGUGACCAGCUUGAGAUGCUUGUCGUUCGACCUCUGAAAGCGCUUUAUCCCGCCUGGAGGGAUAAACAUGGCAUGUCAAUCGUCUUGGACGCCCUUGACGAG